AUGGGCGGUAGCAGCGCCCUCUCCCCUCCUCAAACGGGUGCUACUGCCAUCCCAUCGACACCCGUAGCCGCCUCUUCCUCUGCUGUCGAAGAUCCACAGACGGCUGCACAGACUCUCCUUCAGCAGCAAGCACAAUUGGCACAGACCGGUCGAAAGCUCUCGGGAAGGUACGCGCUCAAUGACUUUAACAUCCAGCGUACAUUGGGAACGGGAAGCUUUGGAAGGGUGCAUCUGGUGAGGAGUAAGCACAACAUGAGAUUCUACGCGAUCAAGGUGCUCAAGAAGGAGCAGGUAGUCCGCAUGAAGCAGAUCGAGCACACCAAUUCGGAACGAUCCGUGCUCUCGCUCGUGCGCCAUCCCUUUCUGGUCAACUUGUGGGGUACAUUCUCCGACUCGACAAAUCUGUACAUGGUCAUGGACUUUGUGCCAGGAGGAGAGCUCUUCACACUGCUGAGAAAGUCGCAGCGUUUCCCCCAUCCGGUAGCCAAGUUCUACGCAGCAGAGGUAGCAUUGGCCAUCGACUACCUGCAUCAAAACGGCUUCGUGUACCGAGACUUGAAGCCGGAAAAUGUGCUGCUGGGAGCUGACGGUCACCUGAAGAUUACCGACUUUGGCUUUGCCAAGUGGGUGCCGGACGUGACUUGGACAUUGUGUGGUACGCCAGACUACCUCGCGCCGGAGAUUGUCUCGUCAAAGGGUUACAACAAGUCCGUCGACUGGUGGGCGCUCGGCGUGCUCCUCUUUGAAAUGCUGGCAGGACACCCGCCCUUUUUCACAGAGGACGGCAAUCCGAUCAAGCUAUACGAGAAGAUUAUCGCCUGCAAGGUCCGCUACCCGCCCUACUUUGAGCCUGCUGCCAAGGACCUGCUCAAGAAUCUCCUGACGGCGGACCUGACAAAACGGUUCGGCAACCUGCACAGGGGCAGCAAGGACAUCUUUGGACACCUCUGGUUCGCUGAAGUGGACUGGGACAGACUUUACAGGAGGGAGAUCCCUGCCCCUUAUCUUCCCACGGUCACUACAGAUGGCGAUGCAAGCCAAUUUGAGCGAUAUGAGGAGGCCGACUAUAGCUCGUAUGGAGUCACGGAUGUGCCGGAUCACUUUGCCCACUUGUUCCCAGACUGGUAG